CAGGCGGGAGGGAGGGGCGCCCGCGCGCCUCGGGCCCGAGAGGAGAGACCGCGGGCUGGGCCGGGCAGAAGUAUUCUAGAAAUCAUGACAACCUCAGGAAAAGAGAACUUCCGAUUGAAGAGCUACAAGAACAAGUCUCUGAAUCCUGAUGAAAUGCGUCGUAGGCGAGAGGAAGAGGGCCUUCAGCUACGGAAGCAGAAAAGGGAGGAACAGUUAUUUAAGCGCAGAAAUGUUGCUACAGCCGAGGAAGAAGCAGAGGAGGAAGUGAUGUCAGAUGGAGGCUUUCAUGAAGCUCAACUGAACAACAUGGAGAUGACUUCUAGUGCCAUCAUCACCUCUGAUAUGAUUGAGAUGAUUUUCUCCAAUAACCCAGAGCAGCAGCUCUCAGCCACUCAGAAAUUCCGGAAGCUACUUUCAAAAGAGCCUAAUCCACCAAUAGAUGAAGUGAUCAGCACACCAGGAGUGGUGGCCAGGUUUGUGGAGUUCCUCAAACGAAAAGAAAAUUGUACAUUACAGUUUGAAGCUGCUUGGGUGCUGACAAACAUUGCCUCUGGAAAUUCCCAUCAGACUCGGAUUGUGAUUCAAGCAGGAGCUGUCCCUAUCUUCAUAGAGCUUCUCAGCUCAGAGUUUGAAGAUGUACAGGAGCAGGCAGUAUGGGCACUUGGCAAUAUUGCUGGAGACAGUACCAUGUGCAGAGACUAUGUGUUGGACUGCCAAAUCCUACCCACUCUAUUGCAAUUACUUUCAAAACAGAACCGUCUCACCAUGACCCGAAAUGCUGUGUGGGCUCUGUCGAACCUCUGCAGAGGGAAGAAUCCUCCUCCAGAGUUUGCCAAGGUUGCACCCUGUCUGAGUGUGCUGUCCUGGCUGCUCUUUGUCAAUGACACAGAUGUGCUAGCUGAUGCCUGCUGGGCCCUGUCAUAUUUGUCUGAUGGACCUAAUGAUAAAAUCCAAGCUGUGAUUGAUGCAGGAGUGUGCAGAAGACUUGUCGAGCUGCUGAUGCACAGUGACUACAAAGUGGUAUCUCCUGCCUUACGAGCAGUCGGGAACAUUGUGACAGGGGAUGAUAUCCAGACCCAGGUAAUUCUGAAUUGCUCAGCUCUGCAGAGUUUAUUGCACUUGCUGAGCAGCCCUAAGGAGUCUAUCAAAAAGGAGGCAUGUUGGACAAUAUCCAACAUUACAGCUGGAAACAGAGCACAGAUCCAGACCGUCAUAGAUGCCCACAUUUUCCCAGCCCUCAUAAAUAUUUUGCAAACAGCUGAAUUUCGGACAAGGAAAGAAGCUGCUUGGGCAAUAACAAAUGCAACAUCUGGAGGCUCUGCUGAACAGAUCAAAUACUUAGUAGAACUGGGAUGUAUCAAACCGCUCUGUGACCUCCUUACAGUAAUGGACUCAAAGAUUGUGCAGGUGGCACUGAAUGGGCUGGAGAACAUCCUGAGGCUCGGAGAGCAGGAAGCCAAGCGUAGUGGCACUGGCAUUAAUCCCUACUGUGCUCUUAUUGAAGAAGCAUAUGGCCUGGAUAAGAUUGAAUUCUUGCAGAGCCAUGAGAACCAGGAUAUCUAUCAGAAGGCCUUUGAUCUGAUUGAGCACUACUUUGGGUCAGAGGACGAGGACAGCAGUAUUGCCCCACAAGUGGAUCUCAGCCAGCAGCAGUACAUCUUCCAGCAGUGUGAGGCUCCCAUGGAGGGCUUCCAGCUCUGAGGUGCCCCAUGCUAUCUGUUCCUCCACCCAGACAGUCCUCAUGUAAAGCCUUGAGUCACCCUUGGAGUGAUUCCGUAACACCUUACUGUCCCCAUCUACCUGAGUUCCCUUCCCAUAUUCUUCCUUGGGUGCCUCCUUGGAUGCCUUUCUGAGCUGCAUUCAAUCCUGACAUAAAAUGUGUCAGAUUAAUUACUUUGCUUUAUGUGCCAGCCUGGGCAUUGGCAUAUGGAACACUUCACAGAUAUUGGAGUAAACUCUGUCCCCUGUAACUACAGCCUCCAGUGGACAUGCUUUCUAGUUACUAGGCACAUUGAACACAACUGAACCUGUCCCGUUACAAAACUGAGCUCCCAAUCUGGACUCCACAGGCCACUUUGGAGAUCUGGACUCGUUCUCAUUCUCUCCUUUCAACCCAAAAAGGACUUGUGAGUAGGUCACUCUUAUCACCUCCCUAAAAGCAACUUUUGUAACUGGCUUCUAAAAUGGAGAAACUACCACACUGC